AUGUUUGUAACGUAUGAUAUAUCCUGGUAUGACGAGGUUGACGAAUCUGAGCCCGUUGGUUCCAAAAUAUACCCAUUUAGCCCAGAAUACACACGCGGAGCCUUCAAAAUCGAGUAUGAGAGAUGCAAAGACUUUUAUAAGUCCAGUGGUGUAUCAUUAAAUUCUAUUGAGUGGUUAGCACAAUAUGCGUUCUGUGGUGGUAUCCCACCAUAUAAAGGCGAAGAACCACAUGCCGAGGGAUUUGGCCCAGCAAUUUGCAUGUGGAAACCUGAUGAUUGGGCCUUUGACCCAUCCUUUACUGAUUAUGAGGUGCAAGACUUAGGUUUCAGGAGAUUCGACAGCCAUGAUAUUGAGAUACUCGAAGAGCUAGCAGUAGGGCUGGAUGAAGAUGGCGAGAUAGUAAGAACCUCUAAGUUGGAACAUGUGCUCAUGUGGACCAGAUUAGCUAGUGGACGAAAUGGCUGGGAGAAUUUCGAAGUAUACUUCACACACCUUGAUGGCUUCGACCUGCGUUACAGAACAUCCGUGGGUUUUCAUUCAGUGAGAAAUGAUAACGACCUCCCGGAUAUUUUCCUCGAAGACUGGAUCUUUAUUAGGAAUUGUUCUCCUAUCAAUACUGGUCUCUCGGCUGCUUGUGAGUUGGAACAUAGCCAGCUCUCAGAUCAAGGUCUUCGACUGCUAUCUUCCGAACAACAAUCGACGAAUUCAACGACAGAGAUGAAACGCCACUUGAGUAUGAAGGGCCAAGAGCAAAAUCCUGCAGAUGAAAUUGAUACUGGCACUUGGGAUGCACCAGAGAACUUCCCUGAGCACUUGCAGAGUGCUUCAAAGUCCUCCCAGUCAGACCUCAUCUCAUACACACCUCCCAAUCCAAGAUCGCCGUGGAAUACCGGACUAGGAACUGUACUUCUGGCGCCCGCUCCCGACACCCAACUUCUCGGCUUCGAAACCACCAAACUCCGAAUAUCUUCGCACACCCAACAACCCCUCAAAAGCAACCGCUGCCACGAGCUCUCCAACCUCGAACAGCUAUCCCAAGCUCGCAUUCUCAUUUUCGGUCCCUGCCGUGCUCAAGACGGAAGAGUCUCAGAUAUCGCAUUAGUCUUCAUUCAAGGGUCGCCAUAUGCUCGUCAUCAAGCGGUUAAAGUUCUUACUGCUUUUCAAGCCAAUUCGGAGAAGGGAUCGAUGGAGUCGAAUGUCAAUUUUAUGUUUCUGGUACCGAGUCACUCGAGGAGGAGGAAGGUCAAGUGA